CAAAGCCUGCCGGGGCAUGGAGUCCCGGUGAGCUGUGUGCGCAUGUGCGGGGAGGUAAGGGGCUUUGGGGGGCCUCGCCUGGCAGAGUGAGGCUCCACCGUGUCUGCCCCACGAGGAGCCAUGGAGGUCCCCGAGCUGCCGCAGCCCGUGAAGCAGGAGAGCAGCUCCCCUGAGGGCCUGGCCGCGGGCCUGACCCUGGACUCGCCCUGGCACCGCUUCCGCCACUUCCACCUGGGCGACGCGGCGGGGCCCCGGGAGGCGCUGGGGCUGCUGCGGGCGCUGUGCCGCGACUGGCUGCGGCCCGAGGUGCACACCAAGGAGCAGAUGCUGGAGCUGCUGGUGCUGGAGCAGUUCCUGAGCGCGCUGCCCGCCGACACGCAGGCCUGGGUGUGCAGCCGGCGGCCGCGCAGCGGGGAGGAGGCCGUGGCCCUGCUGGAGGAGCUGUGGGGACCCGCCGCCUCGCCAGACCGGCCGUCUGGGGUGAGGACGCCGCAGGAAGUGACUGAAGGCUCCGGGCUCAGCGUUGGAAAGGUCGGCAGUGGCAUGGUCCCCUUAGCAGGAGACGCGGAGCCGGCCGUGCAGGGGCCGGCCACAGCCGGGGACGCCCAGGCCGCGCGGCCCUACAAGCAGGAACCUAGCAGCCCCCCGCUGGCCCCCAGCCUGCCGGCCUUCCUCGUGGCCCCGGGCACCGCCGCCUGCCCCGAGUGCGGCAAGACGUCCCUGAAGCCGGCCCACCUGCUGCGCCACCGGCAGAGCCACUCGGCCGAGAAGCCGCACGCCUGCCCCGAGUGCGGCAAGGCCUUCCGGCGCAAGGAGCACCUGCGGCGCCACCGGGGCACGCACCCCGGCGCCCUGGGGCCGGCCCUGCGCCCGCUGCCGGCCCGCGAAAAGCCGCACGCGUGCUGCGAGUGCGGCAAGACCUUCUACUGGCGCGAGCACCUGGUGCGCCACCGCAAGACGCACUCGGGCGCGCGGCCCUACGCCUGCUGGGAGUGCGGCAAGGGCUUCGGGCGCCGCGAGCACGUGCUCCGGCACCAGCGCAUCCACGGGCGCGCGGCAGCCAGCGCGCAGACGGGGGCGGCGCCGGCCCCGGACAGCGGGGGCCCCUUCCCGCCGUGGCCCCUGGGCUAGGGGUCGCUGCUGCCGCGCCCGCCCUCGGUGCUGCCACCGCGCGCCUCCCCGGCACCCUCUCCGUCCUAUCCUUUCUCAGCCCCAGUAGGACGCUCUGCUUCCCUUCGUCGCGCCCUGGCGCUCACCGUCCAGUUCUGUGUCCCCUCUGCCCUGCCCUGGCCCUCCUCCCGGUUGCCCAGCCCCUCUGCCCCAGCAGUUCAGACUGAGCCAGAGCCCCAGGUGCCGCGUGGGGCCCGUGGAGAGAAGGUGCUGGGGCAGGAGGCUCUGAAGGAGGCGCUGCCCGCCCCUGGUCUGCAGCACGUGGGUUCUGCGUGUCGGGGAGGAACCCACACGGUGCUGGCCCGGGGAGCCUAAGGCGCAGGUGGACAGGAUGCCCGCCCCUGGGGAGACUUGCAGAGCACAGCUCUCUGACUCGGAGAGGAAUAAAGUUGCUGGCCCGGUGUGUGGAUGCCUGGUGCCUCGCUCCGUCCACCUUGGUGUCCCCUCGGCCUGCGGGCCAGCGAUCUGGGGCGCCCUGCUCAGUUGGCCUCUGCAGUCAUGGCGGGGAAGGUGGGUAGGCGGGCUCACAGGAGGGCCCCAGUUAAGCCUGCUGGGCACGUGUGUCUUCCUGGGCUCCUUGUCCACUGUGUGUGUCCCCUUGGGUGUGACUAGGUGAGCUGCUACCAGCAGGAGCUGUUCAAGCGAAGCUGCUGUGUGCUCAUGGCAGGGUGCUGGGU